CUCCGCUCAGCUUCAGCUGCAAUCCUGACUGAUGAGUGCGGUUCUGUGGACGCGACUGCCUCCCUCGUUAAAGCACAAUUCCCUGGUUUUAUUUCGGGUUUUCACGCAGUAUUCUCCGCAGAGGUGAAGCGUCACGCGUUACACGAUGUCUGUGGCCGGCCUGAAGAAACAGUUUCACAAAGCCAGUCAGCUCCUCAGUGAGAAGAUCAGUGGAGCAGAGGGGACCAAGCUCGAUGAAGACUUCAUGGAGAUGGAGAGGAAAAUUGAGGUGACCAACAAGUCGGUGUUCGACCUCUUGUCUAAAACCACAGAGUACCUUCAGCCUAACCCAGCCUCUCGAGCCAAACUAAACAUGCUGAACACGGUGUCUAAGAUCCGAGGGCAGGUGAAGACCACCGGCUACCCUCAGACUGAAGGCCUGCUGGGAGACUGUAUGCUGCGUUGCGGUCAUGAACUGGGAGAGGACUCCGUCUUUGGUUGUGCUCUGGUGGAUGUCGGCGAGGCCAUGAGACAGAUGGCGGAUGUAAAGGACUCGCUGGACAUAAACGUCAAACAAAACUUCAUUGACCCGCUGCAGAAUCUACAGGACAAGGACCUUAAAGAGAUCACGCACCACCUAAAGAAGCUGGAGGGCCGCCGGUUAGACUUUGACUAUAAGAAGAAGCGCCGGGGGAAAAUUCCAGACGAGGAGGUCCGGCAGGCUGUGGAGAAGUUUGAGGAGAGCAAAGAGCUGGCAGAGAGGAGCAUGUUCAACUUCCUGGAGAAUGAUGUGGAGCAGGUGAGCCAGCUUUCAACGCUGGUCAAGGCGGCUCUAGAGUAUCACCGGCUGUCGAGUGAAAUCCUGGAGGAGCUGAGCGCGAAGCUGCAGAGAAGUAUAUCCACAGCCAGCAGCCGACCCAAGAGAGAGUUCAAACCAAAGUCGAUCCGGAGCAGCAUCGAAACUCUGGAUAACAGUCAGCACAACGGCCUGUCCUACAGCUCCUCGCUCAAAUCCACUGGUACAGAUCAUAUCCAUAACAACCACACAGUCAAUGGCAACACUGAUCAUAUAACCACUGUCCCACUGUCAUGGCCUGAGAGCCCCGCAACCAAUGGCAACUUUCACCAGACUGAGGUUCUGGACCAGCCGUGCUGUCGGGCCCUUUACGACUUUGAGCCAGAGAACGAAGGCGAGCUGGGCUUCAAAGAGCGAGACAUCAUCAUCCUCACCAACCAGAUAGACGAGAACUGGUACGAGGGCAUGAUCAGCGGCGAGUCCGGCUUCUUCCCCAUCAACUACGUCGAGGUCAUCGUCCCGCUGCCUCAGUGAAGUCGCACGCCGACUCCCUCCUGCCUCGUUACACUCAGCCUCGGUCCUCAGCUCUACUCUGGCCCACAAAACAAAAAUACACAGAGCCAGAUCAGCCUGAAGAAAAAAAAAUCUGUCUUCUGAUUUUUUUUUUUUUAACCAGAGCCAGAGAGCUUCGUAGGUUUGUCCCAAGCCAACUUUAGGUCACACGUCGCUGAUAUCGUUUUUGUUGUUGUUGAUAUUUAUGAAACUGAAGCCAUUAAGUUCGACGCUCUGCCUGGUCAGAUCUGACCAAGGUCAUGAGGUCAUGAGGUCAGAGCGCUCGCCAGACUCUGCUUUCUAUCGGUGAGCCGUCUGCCUGCCCCACCGCGCCACCACCUUACUGCACCAUUGGACGUCGUGGCUGCAUCGUGAUACCACUACAAUCAAAUGACGAGCUUUUGUUUUAUUUUAUUGUCACAUUUGGAACAUGACACACAUUUUAAAUAUAUACUUAUUUUAUUAAUAUCCAUAUUUUAUUACACCCCCCAAAAUAAGAGGCUUCGUGUUUGUGCUAGUUGAUAGACACAAAUUUAUGUCCAAGGUUUCUGAACAUAAUGAAGGAAUUACCUCACAACAUGGUGGUCAUUUUUCUUAGUGAACAGCUCUUUAAAAAAAAAAAGGACAGGAGUUAAAUAAAGGCUAUUAUUUAAGGCUAUUAAAAGAAAGAAAAAAAACAAUUUUCUCUUCUUCCUCAAAAAGCUGCUCCGGUUCAGUCUCCAGACCGAUAGUCAUUAAAUGAACCACUGAGAUUGGGAACAUGGUGACGUUUCACAUGAUGUCAGAUGAGGCGGAGUUAAAAGCUGUAAUCUUCUGCUGUGUUUGGCUCCUUCAGUGGGAUUUCAUGAAACCUUGCAGUGGGAUGGGGUUUGGGCCAAAGAAUAACCCACUCAACUACGAUCUGUUGCAAAUCUGGGUAUUGGGGCAAAUUCAGGACUUGGUUUAGCUUUAUGGUUUGACUGAAUCUGGAGAGACAAGUAUGUCUCCUCACAAAACCACGCGUGACAAAGUGACACAGGGAAUGAUGCGUGAAACCGGGAUUAAUUUAGCUCAGCUUCACGUCUGCAGGUCUGAAGCAGUGCUCUUUUUGUUCUGUGUAAUGUUGUUAGAUGUUGUAGGGUUAACUAGGCUCGCAGAUUAUCAGGCUGAAAAGCAUCGAGUGUGAACUAGGUUUCCAGAUUAUCUGGCUGAAAAUCAUGUAGUGUGAACUAGGUUUCCAGAUUAUCAGGCUGAAAAGCAUUGAGUUUGAACUACAUUUACAGAUUAUCAGGAUGAAAAGCAUUGAGUUUGAACUACAUUUACAGAUUAUCAGGAUGAAAAGCAUGGAGUGUAAACUAGGUUUACAGAUUAUCUGGCCGAAAAUCAUGGAGUGUGGACUAGGUUCAUGGAUUAUCAGGCUGAAAAUCAUGAAAUGUGAACUAGGUUUAUGGAUUAUCAGGCUGACAAUCAUGGAGUGUGAACUAAAUUUACGGAUUAUCUGUCUGAAAAUCAUGCAGUGUGGACUAGGUUCUUGGAUUAUCAGGCUGAAAAUCAUGAAAUGUGAACUAGGUUUAUGGAUUAUCAGGCUGACAAUCAUGGAGUGUGAACUAAAUUUACGAAUUAUCAUGCUGAAAAUCAUGCAGUGUGAACUUGGUUUCCAGAUUAUCAGGCUGAAAACCAUGCAGUGUGAACUAGGUUCACAGACCAUCUGGCCUAGUGUGACGCCUAGGCGUCUUGAAACUGUUGGGCCUUGCUGACAGCAUGUCAUUCUACUCAUUGUUUAUGUGGUAAUGAACCUACAGAGAAUUGAAAACUGCUCUGUCACACGUGAAAGCAUCUCUUAGUGCACCGUUGUGCGUUUACGGCUUGUAACGUAACUGUUUUGUGUCUCGCAGUUCACAUCAGGCAGUUAUUUUUAGCCACAGACCAUAGUUAGGCAGGAACAUUGUGGAACAUAGAACUGCUGAAGAGCCAUAUACUUCCCUCAGUAGUUUUUUUACAGACCAAAAAUAGAGAGAACAGAGAGGGGAAUGUCAAGUGGUCACAUGUGCACCUGUUACUGCAACCUAACAUGACAUUAUGCUUAUUGUGAUCUGUUGCCAAGUAGCCAAAUAAAGGUAGAUUACUGCUUUGAACAGACCCCCACGACGACGCCCUAACAUUUUAACUGUCAGUUUUAAGCAUCCAUCACAAAUGCCUUAUUUUAAGUGUCACCUUCCAUAUUUGCCACAGUCAUGCACACACAGGGGUGUGAAGUUUCAGUUUUUGCCUCCUGGCUCCAUCGUAUCGUCAUAUGACAGCUGCUUGGUGACCCUCCCUGGUGCUUUGUUCCCCGGUUCCUCGACAACCGCAAUGUUAACAGACAAAAAAAAAAAGAGAAAAGAAUGAAAUGAUGAAGCGAAACCUGCACAGCUAUUUAUUUUAAAAGUGUUUUAAACUCACAGAGUGGACGUCACCAGUAUCUGAAAGCCUCAUGUUCACGCGGGAUCAUGACGGACAGUGUAUGUGACGUAUAUUAGUCCUCAGUGUUCAGGUGUGUGUGUGUGUGUCUGUGCCUCUCUGUCCUCGUCUUUUCUCCGUCCCUCACUGAUUGCCUGUUUGCCUGCUGUGCUCUUAUUUUUUUUUGGACCGUGAGGAACUGAAGUGAGCUCAUCUUUCUCUCUUUCUCUCCGUUUACAUGUGGACUCGAUGGCGUCCUAAUGUCAGAGAACUGUACGGCAGGGGCGCCUCGACAGAGUGCUUUUUGAAAUGUGGUCUGUAUUGCACUGAAGCUUUAGAAUCUACCUACUUAUGUUAUGUUCGUGUACAUGCACCUUUUUUUUUCCUUGUUGUUUACGUUUGUUUGUUUUCCACUCACUCGCUGUUGCACUUUGUGUUUCAAUGGGGGUUAGAAUCACUAUUAUAUCAAAUAUAUUAUGUCAAGUGCAAAUGGUAGAUACUUAGGUUUAUAUAAUCAAAGAUGUUCUUUGUAAGCUAUAAUGAAUCCACUGUCUCGAUUAUUGUAAAAGUCGAUUUAAAAAGAACACGAAGGUGCAGUGGGCGGGACUUUUGUUGAUGCGUUUGAUCAAUAAUUACAGAAAUGAAUGGACAACAACCAUGGCUAUUUUAACAACCUGCUUCUUAGUUUUCAGGUUAUUUCAGAUAAUCAAUUCAUUUAAAAAAAUGCUAAAACUUGCAGCCAGCACUCCCAUCGUGUCAUGGUUAGAUUCUAAUCAUAAUGUGAAAUUUUCACAGCUCGGACCCUCUGGUGUGCCAGAUGUUUGACACCCCUGCACUGCAACUUUAUCAUUUCAUACACCAAUGCAAUGACUUCUUACAUGUAAAGAUUUGCCCAAAAUAGAGAUUCAAUCUGAAACUGCAGCCUUUGUUCAGCCCUGCUAAACAAUCAACCGUGUAUCUAGAAAUCCUGCCUACUGCAGCUUUAAGUCAGUCUUAUAUACAGAAUGCGUGGACGUAGGUGAGCCUGUUCCAGCGUUCUUAUUAGCUAGUGAUAAGCCAUAGACGAGUUAAGGCCUACACGUACAUGUACUGUAUGGCCGUGCUGAUGAAGCCGUUUGUUAAGGACGUCCCAUCGUGCUUUGAUGAGCAGCAGUUGUCUGUCCCUGAGUGCAGGAGACGGACGGACCGCUCUUAAUUUCAUGUUACGCGUGUGUGACCUUCUGUCUUUACUUGCUGUGAAAACUCAAGAGUCUGUUCUAUGUUUAUGUUUUGUAGACUUUAAAUUCAGGAUAUUUCCUUUGUAAUAACAAUAACAACAACAUG